AUGGCAGCCACCAAGGACCCCAUCCCUUCUGAGCAAUUCACCAAAAUCAAAGAGCUGGAGUUAGUGCCCACAAAAGGCCUGGAGGUGCAGAGAGAGGAGAACGGGUUGCGGAGAGGACAGAACCAUCCCAGCCCUGGCGAGGUGGAGGCCAGGGGCAGCCACACCACCCUCCAGGCCAGGCCCUUGGAAGGACAGCAGGAGCUGCUGCCGGUCCCCGAGGGCGAGAAGCACAUUCUGACCCUACAGGCCGUGCACCUUACCUCCCCAGACAUGGGGCUGCAGGAGCUGGGCUGGCUGGGCGCAUCGCACCCCCAGGAGGUGCCAGUGAUGGUGCAGGAGGGCGAGAGGGUGGUCCCAUCGCUGCUGUGGCUUAGCCAGGAGGCUCCACAGGGUGUGCAGCCGUGCGUGGCCAUCAGUGUCCAGGAGCAGCUGUACCCGCUGCCCGGGCUAGAGGUGAUGCAGUUCCACCUGCUGGAGGAGAACGUGACAGUGACUGUGAGCAAUGAGGGCCCUGAGUUAGCCGGGAGCCUGGCUGAAAGCCCCGUGUUGACUAAGCUUGAGGACGCUCAGGAGGACCUGCGGCCUGGCAGGGGACUGGCUGAGAGAGCAGGAGAACAGUUCUUCCUGGUAGAGGCUCGGCAGCCAGGAGAAGGGGGAAGAGAGGAGGUCGUUCUCACAAUUUCCAACCUGAACGUGGAAGAGCCUCAAGGGAAGCCGGCGAGCGUGGAGAAAGCUGAAGUUGUGGACACUCAGAGGAAGCCAGCAGUGACGAAACACACCUUCCGCUGCGGUGUCUGCAUGUUCACCUCCUCCCGGAUCUCCAGUUUAAAUCGCCACGUGAAAACUCACACCAGUGAGAAGCCCCACGUGUGCCACCUCUGUCUGAAGGCUUUCCGCACCGUCACUCUGCUGCGGAACCAUGUCAACACCCACACAGGAACCAGGCCAUAUAAGUGUGGGGACUGUGACAUGGCGUUCGUCACCAGUGGAGAGCUCGUGCGGCACAGGCGUUACAAACACACUCACGAAAAGCCCUUUAAAUGCUCCAUGUGCAAGUAUGCAAGCGUCGAGGCCAGCAAACUGAAACGCCACAUCCGCUCCCACACGGGCGAGCGUCCCUUCCAGUGCUGCCUCUGCAGCUAUGCCAGCAAGGACACCUAUAAGCUGAAACGUCACAUGCGGACACACUCAGGUGAGAAGCCCUACGAGUGCCCAGUCUGCCACGCCCGGUUCACCCAGAGCGGGACAAUGAAGAUACAUGUUACACAGAAGCACAGUGAGAAUGUCCCCAAAUUCCAGUGUCCCCAUUGUGCCACCAUCAUUGCAAGGAAGAGCGACCUGCACGUGCACAUGCGUAAUCUGCACACCUACAGCACUGCAGAGAUGAAGUGCCGCUACUGCACGGCCGUCUUCCACGAGCGCUACGCCCUCCUGCAGCACCAGAAAGGCCACAAGAACGAGAAGAGGUUCAAGUGCGAGCACUGUGGCUAUGCCUGCAAGCAGGAGCGGCACAUGACGAUCCAUGUGCGCACGCACACGGGAGAGAAGCCCUUCACCUGCCCAUCCUGCCCCAAGUGUUUCCGGCAGAAGCAGCUGCUGAGUGUGCACUGGAAGAGAUGCCACGACGCCAGCUUCGUCCCCACUGUGCACAAAUGCCCUAAGUGUGGCAAAGGCUUUUCCCGCUGGAAUAACAUGAACCGACACGCUGAGAAGUGUGUAUUGGAGGAAAAGAGGGUGAGCACCUCAGGAAAAGGAAGGCGAAUGAGAAAGAAAAAGCAGACAUUCUCGAAAGAAGCAGGAAAGGAUGACGACGCUGCUGCCGGGGAGGCCACCACCAUGAGGGGGACACAGCUCCCAGGGGAGAUGUCUCCUGUCCACUGUGAAGACGGCUCGGCUGGGAGCGGGUCCCUGCCAGAAGCCAUGACCUAUCCCACAGACACGCCACAGCCCGUGCAGUUAAUUCGUAAGGAACUCUUAGGCGUGCAGGAGCACGGGGAGCUGCAGGUGGUGAUCUGCUGCCUCUGCAGGAAGGCAUUAUCAACAUUGGCUGUAUGUGAGGACAAGGCCACCACAGCCACAAGUGGUGUGGAACAACUGAGGGUGGCCAGCGGGACCCAGUUCAUGCACGAGCUCCAAGUGGAGGUCAGGAAGAAGGCUAUAUUUCUCCAAACAUGGAUGUCAGGACUGUCCCCGAAGACCCAGGUUAUCUGUGAGGCAACAGGUUCACAUCCCAGCUACAACCGUGGCUCUGGCGUGGGGUUGCCGAGGUUCCCACCUGCCAUGCUGCUCACUCAGUGUGGUGCUGCUGUGAUGAGUAGCACAGCCUCAGCAGCUCGCAUCAGAGUCCAACAUGGUCCCCAAGGUGUGGGUGAGGCCAGUCCCAGAGGCUCCAGGGAGGAAGCCAUCGCCAGCCUUUCCAGCUCCCAGAAGCUGCUGUUACUUCUCCCAGGGCUCUUCCCCGACCUUCAGGGCCAGGAGAGGCCAGAGUGGUCCUCCAGCCCCUGUCCAUGUCUAAAUGCCUUUGGUCACAUGGGCCACAUUGACUGGUAA